AUGCUUGCCUCUAUCAUCACCACACUCUUUUUCAGCCUUUUCGGCUUAACGGCUGCUGCUCAGCCAAAGACCAACGCCUGGGCUCUACCAGGCAACAAUUCCUUCCCCGAAGGAAUUGCCCGUCAAGCCCGUUCUCCGUACUUUUACACCGGCUCCUGGAUUACCGGUACCAUCUGGCGCGGUAAUGUCAACAAGCCUGAUGUCGAGGUCUUUAUUCCCGGCGGGAAUGAGUUCAAUAUCACCUCCGCCAGCGGAAUGAAGGUUACGAAAGACAACAACCUCGUCGUCGCCGGUGCAGCCACUGGCAAGGUUUUCGUAAUCUGCCUUGAGUCCCAACAGCUCCUCCAUCGAUUUCAGGCUCCAGAGGGUGCUCUCCUCAACGAUCUCGCCGUUGCAAAGAACGGAAACAUCUUCAUCACGGACUCCUUCCUUCCUAAGCUGUAUGUCAUCACUCCCGAGCAUCUCGAAAACGAAAGCGUCGACCAAGAGCUCGAGACAUUCGCUAAGCUCGAAGCACCUUUCGAGCAUGAGACUGGACAGUUCAAUUCCAACGGAAUUGUUGUCACCGACGACCAGGAGAAUGUUCUCAUCGGAGACUACAACAGCCAUGCCAUCUUUAGGCUGUGUCUAGGAUCCAAGACCAUCACCAAGGUAGAUUUCGGCAAUGUCGCUAUUGGCUCGCCUGACGGUAUGCUUAUGCGUGGUAAUACCCUCUAUGCCGUCAACGGUGAUAGUAUAUUGGAUACCGAGGCCUUUAUCGACGUCUUUGACAUCCGAAAGCCGUACACCACCGGCAAGCACGUUCGUCGGAUUAAGGGCCAAGGAAUGCUUUUGCCUUCUACUGCAGCGUUCGACGGAAACGAUCUCUUGGUUGCCAACUUCCAGAUCGGAAAGGCUGCCACCGCCGACCCUACUCUUCCGUUCACCAUCGUCAGGGUGUCUACUAAGAAGAGCAGAACUAGAGGUAGCAGGAUGCCAGCCUAG